GACCGAACCGGGCCAAGCGCAAACAUGGCGGCUCCCUUAGAUGAUGAUAUUGAGUCUAACAACCAGGACUACUAUUCUCUGCUCAACGUUAGGAAAGAGGCCACAGCGGAGGAGCUGAAGGCAUCAUAUCGGAGGCUAUGUAUGCUCUACCAUCCAGACAAACAUCGAGACCCAGAGCUGAAAAGACAAGCUGAGCAACUUUUCAACCAGGUUCACCAGGCUUAUGAAGUGCUGAGCGAUGCUCACUCCAGAGCCAUCUAUGACAUCUUUGGGAAGAAAGGGCUGGAGGUGGAAGGCUGGGAGGUGGUGGAGAGGAAGAGGACACCAGCAGAAAUUCGAGAGGAGUAUGAAAGGCUACAGAGAGAGAGAGAAGAGAGGCGACUGCAGCAAAGAACAAACCCCAAGGGCACCAUCAGCGUUGGUGUGGAUGCAACAGACCUGUUUGACCGCUAUGAUGAAGACUUUGAAGAGAUGCCAGGAGGAGGCUUUCCUCAUAUUGAAAUCAACAAGAUGCAUAUUUCUCAGUCUAUAGAGGCUCCUUUGACGAACUCUGACACAGCAGUGCUGUCUGGUUCGCUCUCUACGCACAAUGGGAAUGGAGGAGGAAACAUUAACAUGACCAUACGCAGGGUUAUGUCAGCCAAAGGAUGGGGAGAGGUGGAAUUUGGUGCGGGAGACAUACUGGGACCUCUCAUUGGGUUAAAGGUGUUUCGCAAUAUCACACCACGGUGUUUUUUGACAGCCCAGUGCGGUUUACAAUUCUCUCCUCGAGGUUUGCGACCAAGCUGUUCUCUGAUGACAGCACGGCAUCUGGAUCAGAACACUAUGGGUUAUCUUCAGUGGCGCUGGGGGCCCAACAGCGCCAUGACUACCAGCCUGGUCCGAGACACAAAGAGCAGCCACUUUACUCUAGCUCUGCAGCUGGGAGUGCCUCACUCCUACCUGAUGAUGAGCUACCAGUACAAGUUCCAGGAUGAAGACCAGACCAAAGUUAAAGGCUCUGUGAAGACAGGCUGGUUUGGCACUGUGGUAGAAUAUGGAGCAGAGAGAAAGAUCAGCCGACACAGUAUACUGUCAGCCACUGUCAGCGUUGGUGUCCCACAGGGAGUCACACUCAAGAUCAAGCUGGCACGUGCAAAUCAAACAUACCUGUUCCCAGUCCAUCUGACUGAUCAGCUGCUGCCCAGUGCUGUCUUCUAUGCCACUGUGGGACCUCUGCUGGUGUACAUGGCUAUCCACAGGCUGAUUGUUAUCCCAUAUACACAAGCACAGAAGGAACAAGAGCUGGAGCUGCAGAGGAAGAGUUCUGCCACAGACAUCGCCAAGAAGAAGCAGGAGGCAGAGUCUGCUGUUCUGCUGAUGCAGGAAUCUGUGAGGAGAAUCAUAGAAGCAGAAGAAUCCAAAAUGGGCCUGAUCAUCCUGAAUGCCUGGUAUGGAAAGUUUGUGUCAGACACAAGCCAGAAGCAGGAGAAAGCCAAGGUCAUCGAUGUGACUGUGCCUCUACAGUGCCUGGUCAAAGAUUCCAAACUCAUCCUCACUGAGGCCUCUAAGUCAGGGUUGCCUGGCUUCUAUGAUCCCUGUGUAGGAGAAGAGAAGAGCCUAAAAUUACUCUACCAGUUCAGAGGUGUCCUGCACCAGGUCAUCUCUGCAGACACUGAGGCGCUACGGAUACCCAAGCAAUCUCACAGAAUUGAGUCUGAGUCCUAGAAGCCACUGCUGUUGGAGCAAUGGGGGGCAAACGCAGAUUAAACAGACUGUGUGUAAACAGAAGAACUCAAGAAUGGGGGAGAGGACACAUCAAAAAUGAGCUGGCUUCUCUUCUCUGGCCUUCUUCUGUUAUGACACUAGCAAAUCCGAUAGUUCCUCCACUCCUCCCUUUUUCCUGUGGGCCAGCUGAAUACAGUCAGCAACAACUUACUGUGAAGUGUUGCCCUUUGUGUCCCUACACCUGACAGAGCUGCUCAGAUACCUGCCUGCUGCAGGGAAGAAGACACUGGCCCUACAACAUAGAUUUAUAUAUGCACUACACAGAGGGACUGCCAAUCCCUGAGUAAUGAGCUAAAAGUACAUAUCUAUUUAAACAUGUUUCUCGACAUCCAUUAAGCCACUGGGGCUGUAAUUUACUCCAUAUAAUUGUAGUCUUUUUUCCUAUGUGUAUCACCUUGAUGGUAUUGAUCUAAUAUUGGUAUAGCAUAGUCAUUGCAAUAAUUCAUGCAAAUGUUUCUGGUCACAGAUCACGUCUGGCUAACCCUGAGGCUAGCCACGACUGAGGAAUGACUAAACUCAUGGUUUUUAAAUUUCUCAUCACCCACUCAGAACAUCCUAAUUUAUGUAUCGUUUUAGUGACGUUAUCUGCUGCUCGCUCUGGUGCUGGUCGGCAGGUGUUAACUGGUGCUCCGAACUUACAUCUGUGAAGGCUGAGAUUUGGAACAAAGGGGAGGGCUUAUAUGGGGAGGAAAAGUGAGAGUUGCCCUUUUAAUGGUAGUGUUCCAACUAAAGAGAGAGAGAGAAGCUCAAAUUCCACAUAUUGAUUUUUAAUAUCUAUUCUAGACUGCAAUUUAAAGGCAGAAAUUCAACUUGGAUUUGAUUUGCGUCAGUGUUUAUUGAUUGACUCGGUGCAGCUGCAGCCAAAACUGAAUUUUCUAUAAGGACUUUAAAUACAGUGAAGGUUAUAGUUUGUACUUCUCUGAUGUCUGUCUGGAACAAAUCCAGUGGUAGCAGUAAAAUACUGGCAUGGAUUCGAAGCAUGGAAGGAAACUUAUUUGAAUUAGGAUUAUUUUCUAAUUGAUUGGAUGUAAAUGGGAGUAGAUCAGCACUUUGCCGCACUGUAGCUCAUUUGUUGCUGAUGUAAUUAAUUGAGCUUAGUCUACCUUUUGUGCUCUGACUGACUUGUCUCUUGUCAAUAAUGCCUACUUUGUUUUGUGAUGGGGUCUUGCUGCUGCUCUCCAUGCCGCUGGCUUUCCAUAUAUGGGCACGGAAGGGUGGGGAGAUCCCAGAAUAGAGGCCACAAUUUCCUUCGACUGUAGCGUUUUUUACCGGCUGAACCUUAGCCUCAGUCUGAAUUAGGUGUUACAGUGUUUUUUAGUUGGUACACUGGUUUUGUGCCAUAUCUUUUAAUUUAAUUCCUACUACUCUCCCUCAACUUUUCAUCAGAAAAAAAAAAAUUCAGAAUCCAGUUAAUUUUAAAUGACAUGCCACUCCUCUGUAGUUGCAGAGGGAUCGUAUUACUAUUUUUCAGGUAUUAAUAAAGCUACUUUCAGCUGCUCCUUUAUUCACACGGGGUCACCACAGCAGGUAGCUCUACAUAUUUGAUUUGACAGAUUUUUACACUGGAUAUUCUUCCUGAUACAUUCCCCAAGGGAUGUGUCUCCUUCCAGGACUGAACCAGGGAGCUUUUGCUUGCUAGGCAAAUGUGUAAACCACUACAUUAUGAAGCCACUUCAGAUAAGACGUACACUAAUUCACCUUUGCCGUAGCUGUUUUCUCAUUUUAAUGGUAAAAUGUCCUUUGAUACACGUAACUGUUGAGAAACAGGUAGGUGAUGUAGCAUACAAGUCCUAAAGAUUUUAAGAUCAAUUGCACCCUUCAAAGUUCCUGUUUAAUUUGAUCUUUCUCCUUAUCUUGGCCUUUUAUUUGUCUUUGUAAUCACAACCAUAGGUAGAUUCUGUAACUACUGUCAUUUAUUUGUGAGCAUUUAGGGAAAUAUAUUUUGCACAAAAUGUACAGUAUUUAAAACAAAUGACAGAGGCUGUCACCAGACCUCAAACUGUGGUACUUUUAUUAAACUGAAAUUUGCAUUAAGAAAUAUUGACUAAUGCAGGUGACUACUGAUUUUGGUUAGUCUAUUUCUGUGAAUAACCUGCAUUUCCAGAAGGUGUGGGUAAGCUUCAAAUAGUUAAAGCUAAAGCAUUAAGAGGGUUAGGAGACAGUAAGUUUUGGUGUUAUGCUAGAAAGAAAGAGGCAACUGAUUUUCAGUUGGGAUUAACUCUUCCAGCAGCCAUUUUACACUAAUUGUUUGUAGUAUUUGUCUUAUUUUUGCUGUCUUAAGUGUGAUGUAAAGUGUUUGGCCCAGUCAUCUGUCACCUCUGCUCUGGUGCCACCCUGAGGCCUGCAGAAAGACUGCUCCCUGCUGUUACAUUCCAACCCAUCCUCCAAACUGACUGGUGUUUGUAUGUAAAUGUUAUGAAUGGUUGAGGAGCCUGUUUUCCUGUCCCGUAAAGACA